UUGUUUUGCCAACCUCUGUGUUGUGCAAAGUCGUGACGAUAUUGUUCAAAAUAUUGUCAUCCUUCGUGCUAUGACAGAUAGCCAGGAACUAUUCCCAGCGAGAAGGGGAGGUGGUCGCACGAUCCUUGCGCCUGUGCAAGCUGAUGAAUUGGAAGCGGUCAUUGCGAAAGCUGAGGAAGUUGUACAUGAUUUCGAUCCCCAGGACUAUGUUCGACCUGGUGUUACGGAGGCCGAGGUCAAGGAGAUGAAAGCAGCCUUUGAUCUCAUCGACUCGGACGGCAAAGGCAAGAUCAAUUUGGAGGAUUGCAUUGACAGCAUGGAAAACCUCGGAUGGGACAGGUUGGAGCAGGAGCCGUUAAUGGUGGCUCUUCGCACCUGCCGGCGGAAAGGUCACAAGAUGGAUUUUUCAGGAUUCAUCGACGCCAUUGCGCCCCUGCUGUCAGCUGCUGAGCCAACUCAGGAAAGCGUCCGCCGCGCCUGGCGCUUGCUGGAUGAGAAUCGGAAGGGGCACAUCGACAUGGAGGAUCUGAGCCGUGCCGUCCACAGCCACGGCUUGGAGCUCUCGGUGGAGGAACUGAGAGAUAUGGUGGCAUACUGUGACGGAAAUGGCAGUGGCGAGAUCACCUUUGAUGAGUUCUACCAGAUGCUGUCGCACAAUAGCUCGAUCUAAUGAGAUCUCGGCCGGGCUUCCUCCAAAUGGAGGAGGCCCGAAAAAUGGCCGUGUGCUGCGCUUAGAAAAAA